GGAAAAAGCACCAAACAUCACUGAAUAUCCGACCAACCUCCUUGACGUCAGAUAGUUGCCCUUGUAUGAGAGAGAUGUCGACUUCCUCGAAUUUGGGAUUUCCAAAAGCACAGGAAACAACUUUAGUACAUCAUUUACUUAUUCGUCCGUCGUUUCCAGGUGAAAUGAGUGUGUAUUCUUUUCUUUUCUAGGCUCAGCAUUCGACUUGCUUACCUUUUCCUGUAUAACCUGCUUCAGUUCUGUGGGCACACAUGGAUAUUUGCAAACAUGACAGCCAGGUUUCUCACAUUUGGUGGAGACGCGCUUGCUGACACCUUCUAUGCUGUGGGGGUUGUGAUGAGUCUAUGCCAGCUGUUGUCCGUGCUGGAGCUCUUCCACAUCGCUGAUGGGAUCGAGAAGGCACGCCUUCUGCCACGGUUUGUUCAAGUUAUGACCAGAAACUUCCUACUGUUUAUGGUGAUAGUCAGUCAAGAGGAGAUGCAGAGUAAACCAGUUGUGUGUGCACAGUUUUACCUGUGGAAUAUUCUAGAUCUGUUAAGGUACCCCCAUGUUCUCCUGUGUUUGAUGGGCACGGAUUCCUUUGGCAUGCUGUGGGCUCGAUACACCCUAUCCAUCCCCAUCUACAUAGUCUCAGUCAUCACAGAAGGCAUUACCAUUCACCAAUCACUGCCUUACUUUGAGUCAUUGGGAACAUACUCAUUCCAGCUCAGCCUGCCGGUGUCUGCAGGCAUUUACUUCCCUAUCCUCCUGAAGGCAUACUUACCGUUACUGGCUGUUGGGGCUUGUGUAACAGUGUGGCAUUCGCUGAGGGCGAGAGAACUGCGUCUUGAGAAGUGGAAUAAGAAGAUUAAAAGGAAAUGAGGUGGAUUUCUUAUUGCAGGAUAUAUCACUUCGGGAGUUACUUAAGAAGACAUGAAGACAUUAUGACCCAACAGCAAAUGAGAACAUCUUCCUAAGAAGCCUUCUUUGCACAACAUCGCUUUGAUGAGGUCACACUUUCGGGAAUAGUUGGAUAAGCAAAAUGUUUAUAAACGUGUUGAGUUGAGAAAC